AUGGAACCUGUCGGCCUUACUAUUGGUGCAGUUGCCUUGGCUGGGCUUUUCUCUUUGUGUAUACAAUGUUUCGACCUGAUCGAGAUUGGCCGGAAGACUAGCGUGGACUACGAAAUUUUGGUUGUAAAACUCAGCAUAGAGAAGCGGCGAUUGAUGGUCUGGGGCGAAGCAGUGGGUAUACUCAGGCCAGAUCAGGACAGAGAUCCUCUUCUGGAUGACCCGGAAACACGGACACUGGUCGAGAGAAUACUCUCAAGCGUUCAGAGACUGUUCGAUGAAACACAGAAUCUUAAGUCGAAGUAUGGUCUGGAGAAAGCAUCCUCAACGCAAAAUGGUCCGAAAGCAAAGGUUCAAGGCAGCGCGGUUUGCGCGUUGUCUUUUGAGAGCUCACCACUGGUCCAGUUUCAGACGGGAUUCUCUGAGCAUAUUAGAAAAUUAGGGCUUGUGGAGAAGACUCGAUGGGCCAUUCGGGAUUCAAAGAAGUUUGCCACCUUGAUUCAAGACUUGAAGGAUUUGCUGGAUGGGCUUGGUGAGAUCACAACAUCUUCCAGAUCAACAAUCCUCAAGGGACAGCUUAUUCGGGAAGAGACGCAAUCAAUGUCGGAUCUUAACAUGUUGAAAGUUAUUGAGCGGACUUGUUCUGAUACAGAUUGGAGGAGCUCUGCCAGUUCUGCGAGCGCCUACUUUAUCAAUCAGAAUCGGCUAACUACUGAGGGGCGAGAGGAUAUACAAAAGUGGGUGCAGAUUGAUCCUCGCCGAGACAUUGCAGAAGGAAUAUCUCCAGGUCAGGAUCAUAGUCAAAUGUUGCCAGAUACCAGCGAGAUUGCCUAUGAAUCAUCACAACUCGCAGGUUCCCUGCACUCGCCACCUCAAACGAGACCGGGCAGCUCUCGUAGUCCUAGUCGUCUUAGACUGAAGACUUUCGACACCCCCUAUGAGAAGACAGACACGCAGGUACUUGUGUUAUGCAGCACAAGUGCACUGAUAGCAUGGAUUCCAAAGACAGACAAGACUUUCUACGCCAUUUACGAUAUUCCUCGGAUCACGACCGCAAACGCAAUCACCGCUUCCCGAAUGAUGAAGGCUAUCGUGAUUCCACCUCGUUUUCAGUACCCUAACAUCACCAUCUACUGCCCUCCUCGCAUGCGCUUCGUGCACAUGGCGCUGAGUAUCCUGAAUCCGCGUGCAGAUGUCCAGGAAAGGUCUCAGACACAAUUUCAAAUUCGUUUCGACGACCGUCUUCUCGAUCGGACAACUUCUUUUAGUGGCAUUGCGAAGAGAAUGAAGGGCUACCACAGCGACAUUGAGAACUGUAUCUCCACCAGAGAUAGUUCUCAAAAGAGAAUCUUAGAAUCCAUCGACAUGAAUUGGCUGGAACAGCGAAUAGAAGUUCUGGAGAAUCCUUCCUACCAGCCGGUUCUAGACAUGCUAGAGUGGAGUACGAUCUUCCGUCAAAGCAAGGACGACACACAUUGUGCAGGGAUUAUCAUUAUGGCGGGCGAGGAUACAUGUUGGAGAAUGUUCAAUACUGCACCAGUGGUGCCGCCCGAUACCUUUCAGGAUGGGAGAGUGUACCGUCUAAGGGAAUUGGAUGGCGGGGAGCCGAGGUAUAAAUGGAAGGCUGAACACUACUGUAACGUUUCCACCGACCUCGAUUAUAGAGAGCGCUUUGGUGCAGGAUGA